AUGGUUGAACUUCAAAAAGACACUGAAAGGUUAAGAAAGGAACUUCAUGCAGCUGGAGUGAAGAAUGAAGAAUUUAAGGCACGCAUAAAACAUACUGAGGGAGUCUGUCAAGAAAGGCAAAAAGAAAUUGAUGAUUUGGAUAAAGAAAUUAAAGAGCAAGUAUCCAAAAACACAGAUAUUAAUGGACUUCUUGAGAGUGAGAGAGGAAGAACUGCUAAUCUUGAAACACAAUGCAGAGACAAUCAAAACAAAGUGAUUGAGAUGGAAAAGGAGAAAAGUAAGCUAAUGCAACAAUUCAAAAUUGUAAUGAAAAUGCUUUCAUUGGGAGAAGAAGCAAGUAUUGAAAGAGAGUCUUUGCAGGGGAGCAAUGAUGAACCUGAUAGUGCUGAUGCAAGAGGAACUUUGAUUACUCAGCAUUUAUCAAGGAUGGUUUCAGAGAAGGACAAUGCCUUACAAUUAGUGAAAGAACUGCAGGUUGAAAAUCAAAGCCUAUCAAAAGAAGUUGAGAGAUUGACUGAAAAAACUGUCCAUGAUUCUGAGGAUGUUAGUCAAAAAGCAGAUCUUGUCAUUAAGACUGAGAAAGAGAUUGGUGAUCUUCAACUAAAACUAGACACCAUGGGAAAAAUGCUAGAAAGCAAGGAGAAAAGUUUGCAAACCCAAAGCAUUGAGAGGCAGAGGAUUGAAGGCCAACUUCAAGAAGCAAUGAAUGAGAAGGAGAAGUUGGAGAUGGACAUAAGAUGGUUGGAGAAAGAUAAAGAAAUUAGCAAACAAGAAAAAGAUGGAAUGGAUAAGAAAUUAGGAGAACAAGUAGAGGUGAUCUCAAAGUUGAUGGCAGAUAUUGAGCUUUUGAAAGCGCAGAAGCAGGAGGCGGAGGAAGGAAGGGAUAGUGUCCUAAAGCAACUAGAUAGGGAGAGACUGACCACAAGAGAACUUGAAGACACAGUAGAGGAUCUCAAGAGACUUCAAGAAGAAACAGUUUCAUUAGAACAGGUUUAUGAGGAGCGAAAGACAAAGAUGACGCAGGAACAUGCUGACAAAGUAGAGUUCUUGACUGAACAGUUCCAACUUUUAAAAGAGGAACAAGAAAAGACAAGCGGAGAACGACUUCACUAUCAGGAGCAAUCAGAAGAUUUCAGCAAGGAGUUAGAUCAGGUCAAAGAAAGAUGUGAAAUCUUAGAGACUGAAAAUAAAGCUGUUAGAGACAAAAACAAUGACCUCAACAUGGAGAUCCUGCGUAUGCAGGAGGAGGUAGAACUAUCCAAAACAGAACGUAUUGAGAUCACAGAUAAGUUAGAGCAGGUUAGCACCGAGACCUCCAAGAGCUUACAGGAAACCAGCUAG